CAGUGAGUCGUGUCAGUGUUGCUACAACAUGUCGCCCCUGCCUCUCUACGCUCUGCUCUGUGUACUGGCGGUGUCCAGCUGCUGUGUAGGAAGGGCACAGGGCAAAGCAGUGGUUGAUGACGUCACAGAAAAAGAGAAGUUAGGUCAAGAGAGAGAAGAAUUUAGCGAUAGAGAAAGAGAAUAUAAUGACUACACAACACUGAACCGUCCCUGUCCCGACGAGGAUGUCAUCGCGCCCUGCAGGUGUAUUGUGAUCCACGGAGACGAUUACUCCAUGGUUAUCGACUGCUCUGAUGUGGAGAGUGAGGACCAGCUGGCCAAAAUCAUGUCCUCCUCUUUCCCCUUCAACACCUUCAAUACGUUCCAUAUUUCAAAAAAUAACAACCUGAAGGUACUGAGGCGGGGAUCGCUGGGCAACGCCACCUUCCAGAGGUUCUUCAUAACUUACUCCUCUCUGGAGGUGAUAGAGACAGAGGCGCUCGCAGGCAGCUAUAAAACGGUCACUGAGAUGACCUUUGAGCAUAACGAGAUUGAAGAGUUCCCUUGGGGCGAACUCUCGUCAUUUACAAACCUUAAAAUUCUCUCACUUUAUGACAACGUAAUACUCUCAUUUCCACCUCUCAUAUCAGACACACUGGAGCGUCUAUACCUUAGUCACAAUCCUUUUGGGUCGGUGCCCGUGUCGGCGUUUAAGGGCGCGCCUGCACUGAUUAUGAUCGACCUAAACAGCAUUGAAAUGCCGGAUAUAGUACCAGGUACAUACUCAGACCUGCCAGCCUUGGAGGGGUUGUGGCUAGGGUAUAACCAGCUGCAUCAUGUACCCGAGGGCGCCUUAGAGAUUGUGUCCACCAGUACCUCUGUCCACUUGAAUCUUGUCAACAACUCUAUCUCCAGUGUGGCCGUCAACGCUUUCUCAGGUCUCACUUCAAAUACAACCAUAACAUUACGAAGCAACCAACUGCAGUUUGUGGAGGAGGAGGUAUGGCGGCCGCUGCUAGAGAAAGGUGUCGUCUCCCUGGAUCUUGAAGAUAACCCUCUUAUAUGUGGGUGCGACAUCGCUUGGGUCAUACUGAACUCCACCUUCCUCAACCUCAUCAGUAAACGCACGACCUGCUCUGACGGGGAGUACCUGGUCGACCUUGAUCCAAUCAUCUUCAAAGAGUACUGUUAAGGUGAUCUUGAGUCUCCUGAUUGGUCGAUGUUGUACCUGUCUCGCCACGUGUUACCCGAUGCUGCAGCCAUCGUUCACACCAGAGAACAAUAGUGACGUCACGAGACAGAACGUGAUGAAUGUAUCACCUGUACGAACUAUAACAACAUUCUUCAACAUCUCCCAAGAUCUAGACUUGACCACCUGUGACCUCUAGCCUACUGAAGGUGUUACCUCAAGGGAAAAGAGGCCACAAGACCUCCACUGGGCAUAACUACAUUGUUGCCUCCGGGAGAAGGAAGAGCUCUCAGGGAUAAAGACAACCGAAGCUCUAUCAUAUCUCCUCCAGGAACAGAAGCAGCAGCUGAAUCCUUCACCCUGACUCACCUUCAUACAGGCUUCUCUCACACUGAAUUACCAACUUGAGUCUUAAGCAACAAUUAUGUUUCUUUAUGCUAACCAAUAAAUAUACAAACAGACAAAAAAUGUCUGUAUUGACUUUAUAUUAUUAAAUAAAGAUAAUUCAACUUUCA